GCGACAGACAGAGAGAAGAAAAGAGAGAGCGAGAGAGGUUGAAUGAGUAAGUUAGUGAGUGAAUGAGUAAGUGAGAAAUACAUUUAGGCUACUUCCAACUAAGCGUUUCACUAAACGGAUAAAAAAUGACUAGUCAAUUCGAAGAAGAUAUCCACGACCGGGGAGACAGUAAGAGUAAACCGCUCACUCUGCUCUCCUCCUACUGCAUCGACAGUAUUCUGGGCCGACGGAGCCCCUGUAAAGUCAGGCUGAUAGGGGCGCAAAGUUUGACAGCUCUACCCGGGAGACAGGAGGACGACAAGCAGACCGAAGGCUCAACUAAAGACCACCUAUCAACAGACACAGACAUGCACCUUCCACCAAAGCUGCGCCGACUCUACGGACCAGGCGGGAAGUACCUGGACCACGGACGGGUUUUAGUUCACGACCUCGAUGAGAAAUUGGAUAGGGAAAGGCUUCUGGUGGAGCAAGCCUGCGAGAGUCUCAAAAUCAACCAGGCUCCACAGGUGAGCAUUAGCCGGAGCAAGUCAUACCGGGAGAACGCGUCAGUAAGCCGGGGAGAGGGAAGUCAGAGCCCCGCUGGUGUGCCGGAGGAUAGACUAGGGCUGAUGAAGUUCGAGGACGCGGGGAAAGAAGAGGAGAGCUGUGGGGAGGCGAUGGGUCUCUCCCCGAAGGACGAGGAGAGGGAGAGCAUCCACGCCGGGGAUGGAGACGUGAGGGACGGCGAGGACAGCGUGUGUCUGUCGGCAGGCAGUGACUCGGACGAAGGGAUGCUAAAACGCAAGCAAAGAAGAUACAGGACUACAUUCACCAGCUAUCAGCUGGAGGAGCUGGAGAAGGCUUUCCGGAAGACACACUACCCCGACGUCUUCACCAGAGAGGAGCUUGCGAUGCGGCUGGAUCUGACCGAGGCGCGCGUGCAAGUGUGGUUUCAGAAUCGUCGUGCUAAGUGGCGUAAGCGUGAGAAGGCAGGUGUCCAGACAUACCCCCCUGGCCACCCUUUCCCCGGUCCCCUGUCUGCCACGCACCCCCUCAGCCACUACCUGGAUGGGGGUCCCUUCUCCACGCACCACCACCCCGCCCUGGAGUCUGCCUGGACCGCCGCGUUUCCUGGUCUAGCUCCUCACCAUAGCAACCACUCGGCCCAGCAGCAAGGGACACCGCUGGGCCUUGGAACAUUCCUGGGUGCAGCUGCCAUGUUCCGUCACCCCACCUUCAUCGGGCCCACCUUCGGCAGGAUCUUCUCCAGUAUGGGCCCUCUGACCAGUGCAUCCACCGUUGCUGCACUCCUCAGCCAGCCUGCCCCGUCCAUCAAGACUCCCUCCAUCCCUCCCCCGGUCCUCUCUGACCCUUCCUCCUCCCCAUCGCCCUCCUCCUCGGCUGCAGCAGACCGCAGAGCAUCCAGUAUUGCAGCUCUGAGGCUGAAGGCUAAAGAGCACUCUGCCCAGAUCCACAUACUGCCCAGCAGAGCUCCAGGGAAGGAGGUGUGCUGAAUAGCUGUUAUCCCAACCUUUUCUCUCUCUCCUGGGCUUUUGUCCCUCACCUGUCCCCCUCUUACCUCUCAUACCUCUGCAGUGGUGUGGUGGGUGGAUCCAACCCUUAUCUCUAACCUCUGAUCUUCUAACUUCCCCACCCCUUCCCCAUAAUUCUUAGCCCCAAACAAAAAGCACAACCAAAUUCAAAGAGCACUGGCAAACCGGAGCGCUGUGUGUGUGUGUGUGUGUGUGUGUGUGUGUGUGUGUGUGUGUGUGUGUGUGUGUGUGUGUGUGUGUGUGUGUGUGUGUGUGUGUGUGUGUGUGUGUGUGUGUGUGUUAAUGCGUGUGUUUGUGUGUGUGUGAAAGCAUCAUCAUCAUCACCCCUCCAGGUCUCCUGAUUGAACUUAUUCCUUAGCUAUAGAUCCAUUUCACCAAGAAUCCCCUGACACACACACACCAACAAACCUCCAUACUGUGUUAACCCCUUCUCUAGCUCAUGCUUCCUGUUUCACUAAGUCCACUUUUUUGUGACAAAUUAAAAACUCAGGGGGGUCAACUCCAUGACACCUGCUGCUUGGACACGGACACACACGAACACGCACACACACACACACACACACACACACACACACACACACACACACACACACACACACACACACACACACACAUUCUUUCUCGAGUCCAGAGAAAGAGCAAGUACCAGAACUAAAAACAGUUAAUUCAGUGGACCACGUGAACCCAGUGCCAAAGCAGAGUCUGAGGUCUACAUCCAAGCCAAAGCAACCUGUCCACAGACCUUCCUGUCCUACUCUGCAACCCAACCUGAACCUACUGGCUCAAUCUAACCUGCAUCAAGUUUGUUCUUCUGUCUUCCUUUUCAGUUCCCAACAUCAUUAAGCAGCACACGAUUGAUCAUUUUGGAGUAAACAAAAUAUACUUUUCAGGCUUUCGGCAAAUUGAGUUUUAAUUUAUGGACAAAUUACGUACAUUUUAGAUUCUAUCCAGUGUCUCUUAUGGCUGAACUGAGAAAGAAAAGUAAACUGGUGUAAAUAUUAUUGUAAAAAAAAUGAGGGGGGAAAACUAACAAAAAACAUAAUGUUCAAAACAUAGCCUAUUUGAAAAGAGACCAUGCUUGAGAAGUUGCACUUGGUGUAAAGUUGUAUGGAUUUAAACGUGGCCCUGAGAGGUCCCCCAUGGUUAUGAGCUAUCAUAGGUUUUUACAUUAUAAUUUAUGUCAAAACUGUUCCCCAACAGGGCAGGGUGUCAUGGAAACAUGUUCCCAACAGGGCAGGGUGUCAUGGAAACAUGUUCCCAACAGGGCAGGGUGUCAUGGAAACAUGUUCCCAACAGGGCAGGGUGUCAUGGAAACAUGUUCCCAACAGGGCAGGGUGUCAUGGAA